AUGUGCCCGAUGCUUCUCAACCACCUCUCUGAUGGACCUGCCAUGGUCCUCUCCCCUACCCAACAACACGCCUUUGUUCAGUACCCUCGCCAUUUUGACUCGGUGCCUGGCACGAAUUCGAGCUCCUUUUUCGCGAAUGGCUUCGCUUCUCCCACCUCUUCGGGAGUAAGCCCGGUAGUGAACAAGCUGGCGACGCCCGGUCCUAUUGCUGGAAAGCCGUCCCGCAAGAGAUCGCGCGAUGAAGCCUCCUUUGAAGAAGCUAUGAAUGCCCCCAUUGCUCCUGUGCAAGCUGCACCCGUUCCUCCCCCGAAGAAGGAAGAGCCCAUCUACGGAGAAGGCAUGGUUCUUCUCAACCCGCAAACGGGAUUGGCCUUGUCCGCGGAAAGCCAGACUGGCACCUGGUACGAAGAGGUCUCCGAGACCCCCGCUGCUUCCCAACCUCAAGCGGCCAGCUCAUCCGGCGUUGCCGGCCGUAAGUCGCAGCGCCUCGACCCUGCCGCCCCCAGUUACGAUGAUAUCGCACUUUCAUCGAUGCAGCGCCAGCAAGACGCGUCUGGCGAUGAUAACCGCCGCCAUCUCAAUGCUACCAACGGCUCGAAUCCGUUUACAUCUGGAGAGCCAUUGGUUGAUGACGCCACUCGCCUUUUGGGUAUCAGCUGGCAGCGCAUUGGCAUGGACGACAACGAUAUGGCUGCUGCGGUGCGCGGCUGGAAGAAAUACAUCGACCGACAGUUUUCCGGCUAUCUUUCCGACUGCGAAAUUCUCAUGAAGAACCGAGCUCUCAACGCCUACCUCGUCACUGCACGCCCUGUCACACCCUUUGGGCUUGCUGCCUCUCCUGCUUUCUAUCUCUUCAACGAUGACCUUACCCAGGGUCAGCUCGUGAGCUCUAGCUGGGAAAACGCGGUGCAAAACCUUCGAUCCACUCCUAUUAUCUUCGAGGGUGCCCAGGUCUUGAAUGCCUCGUCUCGCCCCAUGACCCCGGGCCAAGACAACGUGCUGGGAUCCAAUCCCGCCGACUCAGGACUUCCUCUAUUGCAAACCCUCAGUGCUCAGCCAGUCGGUGGCGGGUGCGCCGGAUUGAACACUGGCGUGGCAAUGGGUACUGGGAUGGAGAUUGACGCGUAA